UUGAUUUUCCCCCAAAAGUCCACCGGUAGGGAGACGUGCCCGACCUAAGGUUCUCGCUCCCGCUCACCAGUCGGCGGGCGUGGAGGCCCAUGCGAUGGCCUGGCCGGCUCCUCGCACGCCGCCCCGCCGCCCCGGGGGCGGGGGCGGCGGGCGGGGCGCGGCGGCGCGGCCUCGCGGUGGGUGGCGAGGCGCUGCCGGACGGGCAAGCGCGCUGAGGGUAGCGGCGCCAUCCGCCAGCGCCGCCACGGGGCCCGCCGACCCGCUGGCCAGGCAGUGGCUGCAUGCGCCCUGCGCCGAGGCCCUGGCGGGCACCCGCCUGCGCGUCAUGCACCUCAAUGCCCUGGCAGACUGCCUCGCCCGCCACGCGCCGCUGCUCGGCCGCGGACGAGGCUUCCGGUGCGACGCCGGGGCGCUGCGAUGGGACCGGGCAGGGAAGCACAAGAGCCGGCGGCAGCAGCAGGGUCGGACAGCAUUUGGCCAAGCAGUGGCGAAGCGUCCUGGCUCGCCUAUAGGCCCAC